AUGAGCGAAAAUUUAGAUCCAAACUAUGAAAGAGCAUUUGCAAUUCCUCCAAUUGAUAUUUCUAACUCGAAUAUGUUAGAUGAUGUUGUUUCAAAUUUGAAAUUAACAAACAAUGAUCAAUCGAUUGACUCAAACAAGAUUGUAACUAAAAUUGAUGAAAUUAGUAUCAAUUCUCAAAAUUUUAAUGAAAACAAUACUGUUUAUUCGCCUAAUAUCAUUGACAAUGAUAGUGUUUCUCUAACUGUCAUGUCAAAUUCGGAUACAUUUCAAGAAAGAAUAACUAAAAUUACUAGAACAAGUGAUGAAAGUCUAGCUAUACAACUAGAAGAAACAUCCGGAAAUCUUAUAAAUGCACGAAGUUAUGAAAUUGAUACUGAUUUUCAAAACGAUGAAAUUGGUAUAGAUUUCCAAAAUAAUGAAUCUGAUAUAGAUUCUCAAAAUGAUGAAUCUGAAAUUGAUUCUCAAAAUGAUGAUUCUGAUAUAGAUUCCCAAAACGAUGAUGAUAUUUCUAUUGUAAGUGGACAAGGUGAUAUAAAUACACGACCUGAUCAAUUUAAUCAAGAACCUUCAAAAACCUUUAUUCAAAAUUUGAGCAUUAAACGUAUCUUUGCUAGGAAAAAAAAGAAAAAUAAAUUAAAUAAUUUUGAAAAAAACGAUGAUGAUGACAACAAUUUGGAGGCUGCUACUUACAAUUUCAUAGAUGAUCCGUCUGCUGAGCAGGCUCGCAAUGCAGUUCCAACCGAUCAAGCUGAACAAACUGAACAAGCUGAGCAAAUUGAACAAAAUGAUCGGAUGUUGAACUUUCAACCAAUUCCACUUGAACUCGCUACCGAAAAUAUUGUGACUACUUGUUUUCACAUAAUUAUGCCGAAAAGAGGCUUAAAGAAAAAAUCCAUGGUCUUUGUCAUUGGUAAUAUUAAAGAAUUAGGUAAUGGAAGAUAUGGAAUCGUAAAGCUCAAAAGACACUUGAAAAAUCCUAUACAUUGGUAUUCGGAUCCAAUAAAUAUACCACUCAUAAAUCUUGAUGGCAGGUCUUUCCAUUAUCGUUACUUUAUUUAUAAUGGUAGUUUUAAAGGUGGUUUAACAAAAAAGUUAUUUGGUCAGUUAUCUAUCAAAAGUUCUUCAUCAAACGAAGAAAUUAUUCCUGAUCUUCACUCUGAUGAGAAAAAUUGGUCUCAUGAUUUCAGAAAGCAUGAAUUCACUUUCAGAGAAAAUCAUUUUGACGUAUGGAACAAUUCUGUUGAAUGUGAAUAUGAACUAAGAUUCAAAGAUAUACAAAAGUAUUAUCCGUAUGUCUCUUUCAUUUACGAAUCGAUCACGGAAACAAAUUUAAAAGCUAAAAUCAUUGAAUAUCUAGAUAUUAGCAAAAGACAUGCUGUUGUUCUGGAUUUUGAUGUGAUAGAAAACUUUGUUUUUAAGCAUUUCAAUAGCUUAAACUUUGUUAAACAAAAUGUAUUUUUAUGCGUGUUAUUUGCACACGCCAUAAAAGAUAAAUUGUCUAAAUCUUAUAUGCCUCAUGGCUAUAAUCUUCCUGAAUAUUUUCCUUCCCUUGAGAUGUUACAAACCUUUAAGGAUAUUAAUAAUGAUGAUUUACCUCAUGGUGUUCUUAAACUCUUGCCACGACUUGUCCGUGUCGUUGUACAACAUAUUUCCGUCUAUUCUACUAAAUUUGAAUGGUUGAAAGCUUUUGAAAUAGCUCCAAUUUUAGAUCCAAGGUAUAGUUUUCUCGAACAGUUCAAGUCUCCUGUCUAUACAAAGGAAUCAAAGGGAAAUGAGUCAAAUUUUCUAGAAUCUCUCAGAAAAUUUGCAAAACCAUACAUGGAUAAAAUUGAAAACGAUGAAAUUUAUAUUAAAGUUUGCAAGAAUCUAAUCUCCUUAUGCCAAAAUAUCGGUGCGAUUGUAUUUUUAUGGCAAAACAUUUUCCAUCCUGAAACAAAUAUAUCGGAGGAACUUUGUGAAUACUCACUUGAUCACCUACAUCGCUUUUUAUUAAAUGAUAAUGCAGUUGGUUUAGAUAAACAUCUUAAAGAGAUACCUGAUAAUUUUAGUAUAGAUCUUGCUCCUAUAUUCCGAGAAAGAGUUCUUAAAUUAUUGAGCAGUUUUAAGAUGAAAUGGGAUAAAGAUAACAUAGAUUCUAUACUUAAAUUGCUUAGUAAUGCCAGAUUGGGCUGGCAAGAGGAUUCUGCAAUGCAUGCGUUAAAUAUUAUUUCUGUUUCAAGCAACAUGGAAUUGUUACAGAUUUUUCCAAAUCAAUUAGUAAAUUUUCUUGAAGAAGAUUUAAAGGAUAUGGAUUCAAGUGAUAGGAAACUCAGUAAAGUUUGUACUCAGUGGUUAGAAACUACAUUGGAACAUAUUAAGGAAGCACAACAGGAAUCCAAACAUACCGAAGAAAAUUUUGCAUGUACGAUAUUUCACUACCUUUCAAUUAUGUAUUCUAUUAUGAAAAAAUACAAUAUUACAUGUCUUCAGCUUUUUAAUGCUGCCGAAGAAGCUACUCAAGUCCUUAAAGACGAUGUUAUUUUCGAUGCUGCUGUUGAUAUUGGUGAUUUUAAACAAAAAGAACUUGUAGAGAUAUUUAGUCGUGUGUUAAAAGAAAGGUUUGGUUCAAGUAUCAAAAUUGCGGAUAAUCAGUUAUUAGGCAAAAUAAUGAAAUUUUGUAAAUCCAACGAAAAACAAUUACAUAUUCCAAACACGCUCUGUGAAGAUAUCAUUUACUACAUAUUGUCAAAAUUACAGGAAAGCUUACCAAAUAUCAAUAUAAAUCAAAUGGACAUUAUUGAAGAUAAUUUACAAAAAAUAUUGAUCACUUCUUCAAACUUUUGGGUUUGCAUCUUAAAAGCUACUGGUUCAGUUGAUGGGCUUCACAAUCGGCACAUUUACGUGAAAACUGUUCGUCGAGCUAUCAAUCAAUUAGCAAAAAAAUUAUUAGAUAAAUCAAUAGAAAUAAGCAUGCUUAAAAAUGUUCUUGCUCAUGAUGAUAAUAAAUUGUUAGCCUACUUUUCUACGAUCGUUGACAAUAAAAUUACCAAAAAUGUUCUUAAAGAUCUUCGAGAUAAUUAUGAAUCAUAUAUUAACAAAUUAAAUAAGCUCGAGAUUUUUUAUAAACGUUUUUGUUUAAAAGCCACAGAUAAACAGGUUUAUAUUUUGGAUAUAGAAACAAAGAUAAAUAUGCAAGAGUCUGUUGCUCUUGAAAACACAACAAAAGAAUCAUUCUGGAAAAUUCAUCAUCCUAUUAUAGAGAUAGCACAAGGUUCUUAUAUUUAUGCAGAAUCUCAAACAUUUAAAAAUGUUUUUGAUAAAUGUUUGAAUACGAAGGGAGAGACCUUGACGGUUGAAUUGAUUGCCUUAAAAUAUAUACGUACAGCUCUUUUAGACUAUGAUAAUUUAAGAGCAGAAUAUAAAGAUUGGACAAAACUUGAAUGCUCAAAGAUUAGUCCAUUUUGGAAAGGUGUUGAAGUUAAAAACAUUGAUCAUGAACUUGAAUUAAUUUCUCGAGAUAUGAAAUGGCAACCAAAAGAUAACUUAAAAAAGGCAGUAAGUUAUCUUGCUCAUAUUAAGUCAUGGAGAGAACGACUUAAUGAUUUAGGAAAAACUUUGAAAAAUUUUAGAGUUCAAGAUGUUGCUGAUAGUUGGGUAGCUAAUGUACAUAAUAGGUUACUCAAAGAAUCUUUAACGCUUUUAGAAUUAUUUAAUGCUUUUAGUGAAGCAAAUAAACAUAUUCAUAACAUUGAUGAUAAUUGUUGGGCUAUGAUUGGUGCAUUAUCUUUUGCUGGUGAUUUCAUUUCUUGGCUUCAAACAAUAGCAGAGGGUGAUUUAAGAAAUUUAAUUAAUGGAGUAGAUGAUAAACGUGAAGUUCAAGAUGAAACUGUUGCUUCAUUGAUUGAAGUUAAACAAUUUUUAGCUCCUCUUAUUAAAGAUAUGGUAAAACUUUUUAAGGAAGGAAAGUCGACACUUAUGGUCAUAACUAAAUUUUUAGAUCAUGUUUAUAAUAUAACUUUAAAGAAUGAGUCGUUACAUGAAAAAAUAACUCAAUGUUGUUCAAGUAGUAUUGCCCUUCAAAAUAUAUACUUUAGCAUAUUGAAUAGAGGAGAAGUAACUAAGGAAAGAAUCAAAGAUGCUGCUACAAGGGGUUUAUACCAAUUUUAUCGUGAUGAAAAUCAUGAUAAAUGUGUAGUAGAAUUAUUAUGUAAAGACAAGUCAGGAUCGACAAAUACUUAUGAUCUUUCUGGUUUACAAGAUUUACAAGGACAAGCUCUUUUAAUAGCAAAACAAGCAGCAUCGGCUUUUGUUUUACGUCUACCGAUUGAAAGUGAAAGUAGUUUAGAACAAGGAACUGAUGAACUGAUGAAAUUCGUACAACAAGUAGAUACAGUGCACCAUAUUAUAAAAUAUGCUUCUCAACUAAUAGAAUUAGGUCAUUUUGCGUAUAGAGAAUGGAGUAUAUCUGUGAUUUCGACUGAAAAUAUGGUAACACACCUUGAUAAGCUUAAAGAUGAUCUGAGAGAAUGGGAGGAUACUAUGAAACGAGCACAAGAAAAACAUUACUAUUUAACUUUUUAUACUGCCAAACAUAUUCUAGCAUUUUAUGAUUAUUUCAGUUGCAAUGACAAAGUUGACUCUAAAACUCGUGAGACAUGUGAAACAUUGCUUCGAUUUGUCAGUAAAGGAGCAAAAUUACCGCCAAACAAAGGUGAAAAGUUGAAUAUUAUUUUUAAACAACAAUAUGAAUAUCCUCGACCAAUUAAUGCAAAACUAGAACCAAUUGUAUCAGAUGUAGUUUAUUCGGGUAAACUAUUUGUUGCAGCAUGCACAGAUACUUGUCGUGUACCUAAUAUUAUCCUAUCUUUAUAUGCAAAUCAUUUAUGUAAUAACAGUCAUUUAUAUCCUGAACCAUGGCAACUAUUAAUGUGUAGAGCUACUACAACUGCUGAAGAUAUUUCAUUGUUCAUCAAAAGAUGUUUUCUUGCCUCAAAAAAUGGUUACAAGGAUUACCUAUUUUGUAUUGCAGGUUUAGAAUUUCUUGAAUUCGAAUUGCAGUACAAGUUAGUUAAUGAUGUGCGAUAUUAUCAAGAAACUAAAGAAGAUUAUUAUUUGGCUUUGAUUUGUUGUCGAGAAACUGGAGUUCAUCAUCAUAUUCUUGAUCAAUUUUCGGAUCGAGUGUGUACCACUAAUGGUCUUGGUGAAACUACUAUGACAAAUAUGUAUAAAGAACUUUGUCCAUACGUAUUUUGCGUUACUUCAGACCUAUCCGGCCAAGGAAAAACAGAAUAUAUAAGAAACGCUAGUUUUAAGAAUAAUUUAGUUGUACGAAGUUUAUUAAUAAGUGAUAACAUUCGUUUUGAUGAGCUAGUUCGAAAGUUAAGUGAAUGUAAACUUCGACAAAUAGAAAGCAUGCACUUGAACAUUGUCUCGGUUGAUUAUCCUAAUGAUGUUAACGUUUUUCUUUUCGAGCUUUUAACACUCGGAUUCGUCUCAAGCAAAACGGACAUUGUUUGCCUUCCAAAAUAUAUAUUUAUUGAGAUUGCAUCAACGGAUAAUGAACGUCUAUUAAAUACAAUCCCAAUUGCACAAUACGUUAAUAGGGUGCUCAUUAAUUGGGAUAUAAAAGAUCUUGCUGUAUCGAGAGAAAUUUCUAGUCCAAUUCAAAUAGUAUCACAUUAUUUAGAUAUAUAUGAUAAAAAUCAACUUAACGAAAAAGAUAUUAUAUUCACCGGACCGAGACGUGUGAAUAAUAUUUUAGAACCAGAACGAUGUCAUGAAUUAAUACAAAAAUACUUUUUGAAAGCUAACCAUGAAAGUGUUGCAUCAUAUCGAUUUGUAGAAAUUUUUUUAAAAGUAUUUGCUGAUCAAUUGGUCCGUUUAUCAUCAAGUUCUUUCUUUACAGUUGAUAAUCUUAAGCUUAUGGUAGGGGAUAAGAACGUUCGUACAACGUUGGUGAAAACUUUGCUUGAUGUUUCUAAAGAUUUUGCAAUACGCUCAAUUAAUACAAAAGUAGCACAAUUAGAAUCUACUAUGAAUGCAGGUAAUGAUCAAUUAGAAACCAUAGUUCAAUGGGAUGCUUCCAAUCAUCUCUUGGUAUUCUUUUUGUCUCAAACUCCGGAUUCUAUUUGUGCUCUUUAUCGUAACCGAAAUAAUGUUCCAAAUAAUGUGAAACAAUUGAUAUUGAGUCAAGAAAUUAAUGAUUUCUCUCAACAAGAAGAUCUAAAAGGUUGGGAAUUGGAUGAUUAUCAUACCAUGUCCGCGAGUUCUUUACUAGAGAAAUUAGAACGUAUAGCACGAAAAUCGAUGGGUAAAUUGAAAUUACCUAAUUACGCGUUGUCAGCUGACAAUCUUCUUAAAAUGGCCCUGAUUCUAUUAAGAGCUCGAGCAAACAUUCCAGUAGUAAUAUGUGGAGAAGCAGGUUGCGGAAAGACGAGUCUUAUUGGCUUUCUAGCAGCCGUUGUAGAAGUCAAAUUUAAAGUACUUUCACUUCAUGCCGGCGUGCAAGAAGAUCAGAUUCAUGAAUUCAUCGAAACAAGCACUCAAUUUGCCAAGAAUGGCCAAGUAUGGCUAUUCUUUGAUGAAAUCAAUACUUGUAAUCAUAUUGGACUCCUUUCAGAUUUAAUAGCUCAUAGAACAUUGUCUGGCAAACCGAUACAUUGGAAUAUUCGAUUGUUUGCUGCAUGUAAUCCUUAUCGACUUCGUAACAAAAGUGCAAGUAGUGUAGGUUUGGAAAAAAAUUAUCAAGAGCAGAGCAAAUUGGUUUACCAGGUACAUCCUCUGCCAAAUCAAAUUUUGGAUUAUGUAUGGGAUUAUGGAAUUCUUAAGCCUGAAGAUGAGAGGGAAUAUAUCAAGAUAAUGGUAGAAAGUAGAAUAGGGGUAUAUCCAGUAUUCGUAGACCUUCUUUGUGAAUCACAAAAAUUCAUUCGUAUGGUUGAAGAACGAUACACUGUUAGUUUACGUGAUGUAAAGAGGGCGAUCAAAUUAGCUAUGUGGUUCCAAAAAAGUCUGAAUGAACGACCACCAGUUAUGAAAACUAGUAGUAUUUCAUUCUUUUCGAAAAGUUGGAGUUAUCCGCCAAAAGACAAAAAAAAAUUGAUACGUUGUAGUUUUGUUUUAUCACUUGGACUUUGUUAUCAAUCACGUUUGUAUGAUCAAGAUUUACGAAAAAGAUAUCGAGAACGUAUGUCAAAGAUUUUUAGUAAACACGGAGAUAGGCUUAGCGCUACAGAUUUUCAAAUGAUAAUUCGUAGAGAACAAGAAGAUUUUAUGCAACGAAUGGUUAUCCCUCCAUCAACAGCUGAUAAUGAAGCACUUUUAGAGAAUGUUCUUAUAAUGAUUGUUUGCAUACUGAAUAGAAUCCCUGUUUUUAUUAUCGGCGCUCCUGGAAGCUCAAAAUCUUUAGCUGUAAGACUUAUUAGUUCAAAUUUUAGAGGAGCAGAUUCUGAGGACGAAUAUUUCAAAACAUUACCACAGGUCUACUUUAUACCACAUCAAGGUUCUGCGUCAUCAACUUCGGCCGGUAUCGUCAAAGUUUUCGAUAAAGCGAAAAACUAUCAAAAAACAAGUUCAAAAGCAUAUCCUGUGCAAGCUGUAGUCCUUCUUGACGAAGUUGGUCUAGCGGAAACUAGUCGAUUUAACCCCUUGAAAGUUCUUCAUGCUCUUUUAGAACCUGGUUUCUCUAGAGAAGAAGCUGAAGAAAUGACAAUUGUUGAUGAACCUAAAGAAAGCUCAAAAGAAAAUUCAAAAGAAACCUCCAAAGAAAAUUCGAAUGAAAACUCAAAAGAGAACUCCAAAGAAAGUUCAAAUGAAAAUUCAAUCGAAAAUUCGAAUGAAAACUCUAAAGAAAAUUCAGAUGAAAAUUCAAAAGAAAUUUCAAAUGAAAAAGAAAAUUCAGAUGAAAAUUCAAAAGAUUCAGAAAAUCUAGAAAUCAGCAGUGAAGACCUAUUAGUAUCAAAUAGUAACAAAAAAAAUGUUAAAGAAUCAUCAGCUUUAGGUAGUAAAAAAGACUUUAAAGAUGAUCCAGACGUGUCAGUUCUCGGUAUUAGUAAUUGGCGUUUGGAUAACAGCAAGUCGAGCAGAGCAUUGCUUGUACAAAGACCAAAAUUUGGCAUUGAGGACCUUGUUUUAACAGCCUCCAUGCUCUUGGAUGACAAAACUAAAAAUGGUAUCACAGACUCCAGACUUAGACAACUUGCUGAAGCUUAUCUUGAUUACGAAAAGAACCAAAAAUAUAAAAACUUUCAUGGACUUCGUGAUUACUAUGCAUUAGUAAAAAGCCUUACUGGCUCUGAGUUGACAAUGAGCACAUUGGAACUAGGAUUGAUAAGAAAUUUUGGAGGAACCGAUCAGACAAAAUUAAUAUGCGAAAAAUAUUUUGGCAAAGUCUUAAAUUCUUUCAGUAAAAACAAUAACUAUAAGUACACACCAAUUCCUGUUGAACGACUCAUAAAUGAAAACCUAAAUCGAAAAAAUACGAGACAUUUAAUGGUCAUAGGAAAGAGUGACUCUCUAGUCAAUAUCCUAACUUAUCACGUGCGAACUCAACAGUUGGAUCCAGUUGUGCUUUGCGGCUCUCAAUUUCCCGAUGACGGUGAUGGUGACUAUUUGUAUGCCGUUUUGAGUAGGAUAAUGAUGUGUGUUGAAGCAGGAAGACCUUUGAUUCUCACAGAUUUAGAUAUUAUAUAUGGAAGUCUUUAUGAUUUGUGGAACCAGAAUUACAUCACUCUUGGCAGUCGUAAAGACACCAAGUAUUUUACACGCGUUGCACUUGGUGCUUACUCCAACCCAAUGUUAUACGUACAUCCAGAUUUCAAAUGCAUUUUAGUAAUGGAUGAAAGUAAACUUGAAUAUACUGAUCCACCCCUGCUCAAUCGAUUUGAAAAACAACGAUUGACAAUUAACGAUAUACUUUCUGAACACCAUCAUAAACUUUGUGAUGCUUUGUUUAAAUGGGUUCGUCAGAUAUCAACAGUGCAAGGGGUCGCAGCAAAUGAGUUCACCGAAAAAGAUAUCUUUAUAGGGUUCAAUAAAGAUGAAACCGUUCAGAGUUUAGUAUUCGAUCAGUGCAAAAUGGAAGAAAAAAAUGGAGAUGAUGAGUUGACAUUAAGGAGAUGUAAGGAAAGAUUAAUAGCCAUUGCCUCGUCAGACGGUAUAGUCCGAGCAAAGAAAUCACUUUUAUUCAUGCAAAAACCCCAAGAAGUCAAUGAGUUAUGUGACUCCUAUUUUAAUAGUGGGAUACAUGAUGAUAUUGAGUCAUGUUUAAGAAUAUUAAUUGGUGAUAAAAAAAAUCGAAAGAAUGAAGAGGCACAGUUAAUUAUUGUAAAUACAUUUUCAAACAUUAACACUGAUGUUAAGGCCUGCUUGGGUACAUUAGAAAUAACUUGUCAAGUAGAUAAACUUUCGACAUUUAAGACAGAAGCUCAGCUGCAAGAUCGAAUAAAACGUUUUUGGCUGGACAGUAGCGAUGAACUUUUAAUUCUUCAAUGUGAUCAAUCAAUGGUAAACUCCAGUUGUAUCAAGUUAGCAAAAUUCAUUAUUGAACAAAUUCGAACCAAAUACUUGGAAAAAAAGCGAAAAGUUGACAUUGAUAUGCCAGUAAAACACGUUUGCAUAAUUCUCCAUAUUCAUCGUGAACAGAGAACAAUAUCUUAUUUUGACUUCAUGUGUGGAUGGAAUCAAAUUACCGUUGGGACUUUAACACCAGAAGAAAAGAAUUUGCCAAUUUUUCUGGGUGGAAAAAUCAUAAAUGUCAUGAAUUCAGUUUUACCAUUUGAAGAUAUUUUAGAGCAGGAGUUAUUAUGGUGCCUUUUAUGUAUUAAGUACCCAUCUACAGUGGACUCUGUAGAACAUAUAAAAUACCUUGUCAACGAAAUUCCAAAACAUUCGCGAUUUGUAAAAAUGUUGAAGCAAAGAACAUUGAAGUGGUUAGACGAGAACGCUUCAACAAAUUGGCAGUUGAAAGUUGCCACUGACAAGAAAGUACUUUAUUUACAUUCAUCAUUCUGCGCCGCUCUUCAAUCAUAUAUCAGAGUCAUUGUGAGAAAGCAUAUUGCUAAACUGUUAUGCGUACUUGAACGACUAUCUGCUCUUAAAACUUUACUAAAUCUCGAAAGUAAAAACGGUGAUAACUAUCUUAUUGAAUUUUGGUAUCAGAUGUUUGAUGACAAUAAUGUUAUUGAUGUUGAAUUCUUAAUGGAUCCGAAACCUGAUAAUUAUCCCAUGGCAAACGGACCAUAUACUAUGGAGUUUCCCUUCUCAUAUUACCUUAUCAAACAAAUUAAUCUUUAUGAAAAACUUUAUUUGGAAGAUGUUAAAAUACUUAAAGAAGAUAAAAAUAAUAUCAACACCAAUACAGGAGACCUAUCAGAUGAUGUACUUGCUGAUUGCUUUGAAAGAUUUCAUAACAUUUUAUCAAAAAUUCCUGCACUGAAAGAUUCGCCAUCCCAAGUGGCACCUCAUUUAUAUCACAAAGAUUUUCUAACUUUCAUCUCUUCUAAUAAUGGGGGCAAUGAGAACCUUAACAUUAUCAACCUUUUAUUACUUCGACGUUUGGGUAAACAAUUGAUCUUAAAUCCUAUAAGACUUCAUACGUAUUGGUGGGCAAAAUCAGAUAUAAUACUAGCAGAGUUGCAAUUAGUUAAGCUUUGUCCUUCAAUUAAGACCGAAUUAGAAAAAGAUAUAAGUGACGACUUCGAGGCUUUUACAAAGAAUCUCCCGGACAUAGCUUCUCAGUUAACACUGGAUCGUGUUCGCACGAUAGUUGAUAAAAAACAAUUGGAACAAUGGCAACUUGAGGCUUCUCAGAUACUUCUUCUUUGUUCUGAACUCUCAACAGGACCUUUAUCUCCCUCUCUUCAACUUUUAAAUAUAUGCAAUGAUCUCGUCUCAAAGCAAAUAAUUAAUUUUAACCAUCUCUCAACGGCUAUUGACAUUGGACGUAAUGAUGGUAUUUCAGAUAAAAGGUUCAUUGAUUACAUUUUUGACUUUUUUAACACAAAAAGCACAUAUCUGAAUACCGUUGCAAGACAAAGCUUUGUGUUGCGAAUUUUAGAUAUUAUUCCUCUUGAAUCGCCUACUCGCUUACGUCUUUAUGAAAGGUUGUUUGAACAAGCUCAACCAUUACCCUUUACAGCCUUUAUAGUGCUUUGUAUAUUUCGUUCUGAAGAAAAAGACUUAUUCUCAGCUAUAAUCAGGAACGCAAAUGAGGCAUUGGAUUUCUCACCAAGACUUAGUGUAAUAAAUAAACAAUUAGAAAAGAAUUCAUGUGACUCACAACUAGCAGCAUUAUGCUGUGAUGUUAUUCAAAAAGAACUUUUUGCUAAUUUAGGAUUUGAUAGACUUAAAGGGUUAUUCAAAGACGCUUGCAAAGCUUUGUUUUCUGCUAAUACUAAACCAUUACAACUUGUUUGUGCUAUAGCUCUAUUAAAACAAUUUGUAAAUAGCUUUUGGACAUCUUCAACCUUAGAAAAUACUUUGAUUGAGUCGGUCGAUUUUAAUUUCAUAUAUUCAAAUAAAUUCAUGGUGGAAAUGAAUGAUUUGAUGCAGAGUCGACACUCACAAGUCCAGUCACUCAAGUUCUAUUUCCUCAAGAAAUUGCGAGCUCGUGGUUUCUCAAUGAGUGAUCUUAAACAAUUCUAUAAUCUCCAGAAAGAUAAUCUACCAUGGCUCGCUGAUUUACCAUGGAAUAAAGAUAAUGAUUCUCGAUUACCCUUUAAUCCCUACUCUUUGCUUGAUGAAUAUGAAGAUGCGGAUGAUUCUUUGAGUGGAGCUCAGUUAAACAGCUUUUUGAAGAAACUUCCAUCAACUAGCAGUGUUAAUUUGCGCAUUGCUUUUGUCGGCGUUAUCAUAGAACGUUUUCUUUCAAUUCAUGCAGUGCGCAACUUGAAUGUAAAUGAAAAUGAAAUUAUUACUAAUUUAAGAGAAUUUUUAGAUACGAUUAAUUUAGCACCAGUUUAUAAGCAGCUUUUAAUGGGACUUUUAGCCAAUGACCAUCCUAUUCUAGGAAUUCAACCAAAGACUAACAAUAAAAAUCUAUUAAUUCGUUUAGUUAUUAUUCAUACACUUGCAGUUUAUGCAUCACUUCCAUCUAAUCAUUCACCAUUAACGAUGUACCUUCACAAACUUCAAGAUGUUGAAAAUACUUAUAUACUAACUUGUCCAUCUGAUGAAGAAGCAAUCUUAAUGAGUGCUCUUCAUGGAUUUACAUGGUACCAAUGUGCUUGUGGAUUUAAAUAUGUUGUUGGUGAAUGUGGUGGAACUAUGCAAUCUCGAACUUGCCCAAAAUGUGGUAAAACAAUUGGUGGACAACACCAUGUAGCAGCAGAGGGUCAAACAAGAUUAAGUUCAAAUCAGGUUCAAAAUGUCAUAGCUAAUAGCGAUAAAAGAGGCUAUAUAAUGGAAUCGGGCUCAAUAGAACAAAUCAAAAGCGUUCGAGAAAUGACUUCUCCUUCAUACAGAAUCUUGCACCUUUUCAUUCAUGCUCUCAUUGCUAACUCCUCGUAUUCACAAACAUUCCUUAAAAAUAUUUCUGACCCUAUUGCACAUUGUAUGGAUCACAUCAACAAAGAUUGGGACGCGUUAAAGGCUAUACUAAACUGUAACGAUGAAGAUUUGGCUUUAAUACUACAUGACAUACUUCAUUCUAUAGCUAAAGAUAAACAAACUUCAACCCAUAUAUUAUCAACAACGCAAGCACGAACGUCUUGGGAAAGUCAAUUUACCACACGAUAUGUUAAUGAUCGGGCUAGAAAUCCUGCAGCUGCCUCAAUGAACAUGCGUAAUAAACUCCAGAGAGCAAAAGACGAAAGGAAGAAAAAAACCACGGUCUUUGAAGCGGAGAUAAAUGAAACUUUGGUAUUUGAUGAUGCUUUUAGUGCAAAACGAUUACCUAAACUAUGGAGACAUAUUGGAAAUGCGAGCCUUGCCAACCUUCGUGCAUUUUACUUAAAUAAUGAAAGUUAUUGCAAAAAUUUUCCAUUUAUUUCAAUCUACUUCAAAUACGAGAAACUUAUACCACACCUGAAACAUAUGUAUCACUUAGUUAAAUUUUCACGUAUACUUUCUAUGCGUCUUAACUAUCGCAUUAAACGAGAAGAUGCAUUAAAUAUGACAUUCCGUAAUUUCAUUGCCGAACAUGGAGAACUUCAGCAUUCACUUAAAGUUGCAUUUGAUAAUUUUGCAGAUUCUUGGAAUGCUGUAAUGCCACUUAUAGAUAGAUAUCAAUGUCAUGAUUUACCUACAAAUAAACCCAAAAUGAAUUUGGAUUGUCAAAUUGUCUUUGGUCUUGUAGAGGGCAAGGAUGCAGGCUUAUUUUUAUGUGCGGCAUUGGAAUAUUUAGUCGAUAUUCAAAACAAAUUCCUACGCGAUAUUACGAGCAUCAAACCUGGAAUAUGUCAUUCGUUGAAAUUUAUUGAGAAUCAGAGUGAAUCAGACACAGAUAGUCCAUAUCUCAUCAAAUCUGUACGGCUUGAAGAUGCUAGACAAGUUAAUCUUAUCGAUUAUGAGUGGAAUCCAAAAUUAUUAAAAUAUAGUCAAUGCAUCCUUGAUGUUGGUAGAGGAAAGGAGAUUAUUUAUGAUCUUUAUAAAAUUGAAGAAGAACUUAUUAAAAAUCUAGUAUUUAACAAAACAUAUUUAGAACCCACUGAGCCAGGUGGACUCAUUCUAGAACCGUUCUUUUACUGUAUGGAAAUGUUUCAAAGUUCCACAACAAUAUUGUAUGAUAUUAAACAAAAAAUUAAACAAGAAUCUAUACCACAAGAUAUGUUAGCAUUACUUACUGGUGGAGCUUCAUCAAAUUAUCCUUCCGAAUUUAGCAACAGCACCGGAAACGCAGAGAUAAUAUUAUCUGGCAAUGAAUCAGAACUAUUGUCUGCUUUAGAACUGCUUUUAUGUUUCGUUAAGAGAACUGCAGGAAGUGAUGGAAAUAUAACACUCAAAAAUUAUAUUCAACAUUGGGUGAAGCUUUCUGUUCUCACUGAAAAUAAAGCACUAGAAAAAGUGCUAAAUACUGGCUUACAACUCAAACAUGUUGUUGCGCUUUAUGAAAUUGUUGAAGGAAAAGUUGCAGAUAUUAUGAUAGAAAGUAUUACCAUAAAAUACAAAGCUUGUCUCACAAAAGAAAUAGAAAAAGAGAUUGUGGCAUCAUGCUCUUUUGAUGAAAAAGAAAUAAAACUUAAUGCAAAUCUUAUUACUUCUGAAGCAUUUAUAAAUGCAUUAAAACGAUUUAUGUUCCGUCAGUUAUUAAUAGAAACUAUACGAGAAGAUCACCCCUUAUCAGAAUAUUUGAAUCAAACAGCUCUCUGCUGUUGGCCAGAUAAUAUAGAUGAGGAUUCAAUUUCAGAAACUUUUCCCACGUCACUCUUGAUAAAGCAUACAUAUGAAGCAUAUCAUUUUGUAAAAAGAAGGAUAGAGGUUAUGGCAGCAGAAAAACAAAAGAUAGAGAAGCAUUCCAAUAUUUUCACAGAAGAGGACGGACAGAUAUUUAAGAAAUAA